AUGGUUCGUCGCAGCGACAGGGUUGUAGGCGAGGCAACACGGAAAGCGUCGGUGGGUAGUUCACGGCGUGUCCGCCAGCAACGCGGUAAGAGAAACGGCGCUGACGAUGAUCUGCUUGAGGUACAGGAGAGGGGAGCGCUUAAUCUGAACAACCCGCUGAUUCCCCCAGAGCUCGACGAGGACAUUGACGACGACAUCGCCUUCAACAGCGACGACGAGGAGAAGUACGGUCACUUAUUCCACAAAAAAGAGAAGUCUGACACCACCCGCACCUCCACAGCGGCCACAGGAGGUAAGAAGAAAAACACGAGAAAUAAAAGGUUGCGGAGUCACGCAGCCGAUGCAGACGAUAUGAGCGAUGCGGACGAUGCUCUGCUGCUGCAGCAGCUCCGCGCCCUUGGCGAGAUUGACGAGGAUGAGGACUUGGAUUUUCAUGAAGGCGGCGGUAACGGGGCAGACGAGGAUGAUUACAUUGACCUUGCGGACAUGCUGGAUGCGGCACAAGCAGAGGAGGGGAAAACGGAAGGCAAAGCCCGAAGGAAGAAGGCGACGAAAAAAGUGGAUGAGAGUGGUGUUGCGAAGAAGCGACGACGUGCGAUUGUUACCGAGGAGGUGGAGUCUCUUUAUGGUCCGACAGCCGUGGACGGCAAGUACAGCAGUGCAAUUCGAGAGGUUGUGACGGCAACCCCGGCGUCCUCUACACGGUCGCGAAUGCAGCAAAGUCUUGAGAACAAGCGCAAUCUUAUCAGCGUGGAUGUCGAUGACCAUACAAUGGCGAAGCUGACACGCGCCGAGGUGCGAAAAGUGGUGUCUAAUGAUCUUUCCAAAUAUAACAGCUUCUUACGAGAGCAGCGUGAGGCAAAGCAUGUGCAAUUACCUAUGCCAAUGCCAGAGAGCAAUCCAGUACCGACAACACUUGGCGCCAUCUCUGCUGCUGCAGUGGAUCGUUUCACAACUCAGACAGAGGCAGCGAAAACGGCGGCUGCCUUGACAACCGCAACCACCACAGGAGAUACCGCAGGGAUGGCUUGUAACGCCUCACGUGUGUCCGCAUUUCGUCUUGCUGGGAAAAUAAGUACGCUAUUGUCAAGUGCGGGGCUAUCGAGACCAGAGCUUUCUGCACCUUCUGCAGAAGACGGUGUCAUUCCCCUUGGUGACAUUGACGAUGACGAUGCCGGUGAUACGCAUAAAGCGGGAGCGGUUCAACCCGGUGGGGAUACGAACGCCCCAACAACGAGUUACAUAGCAAAGCUGAAAGCAAUGCUUUCGUACGAAAACGCUCGCCGCCGUCGUUUGAAUCGCAUUAAAAGCAAAACAUAUCGUCGAAUUCUCCGCAAGGAGAAGGACCGUGAACGGGAGCGACGGGAAAAGGCGUUUGAGAUUCUUCAUCCUGAAAAGGCGCGCGCACGGCUCGCGGAAAAGCUGAUGAAGGCAAGAGUGGAGGAGCGCGUGACGCAGAAGCACAAAAACACAAGUAAGUGGGUACGCCACGCAAAACGGUUUGCUAACUUUGACGACAAUACAAAAGAUGCCCUUAACGAGCAGAAUUUGUUGCAUCAACGACUCAUGCAGAAAAUGGAAGAGGAUGCGGAUGAGGACGCCUACAUGAAUGCGGGUGGUGAUGCCCACGCUGAGAGUGAGGCGGCCUCUAGCGAGGAGGAGCGUGUCGUGGACUAUCUUAUUGCUGGGGCAACCGCGAUGCCGAAACAAGCUGGGAAUGAGGCGGAUGAAAGUAAAAAGAAGAAACUGAGUUCUCUCCUCUGGCGGAGCAUUGAGGACGUUGAGAAGGAAGAGGAGGAGGGGGAUGGCGAGGCGGCAGGGUCCCACAUGACACCCACAGAAAAAGCCCGUGUAGAACUUCGGGGGAUGAAGUUUAUGCAGCAGGCGAAGCAACGAGAGGAGAAGCACUACGCGGAGGUGUUGGAGCAUUUGCAGGAGGACAUCCGUUGCAAAAUGUCUGGCGAGACUGUAUGCAGCGAUGACGAACCCUCUGACUUGGACGAGACACGUGAGAAGGAGGAGCAUCCAAAAAAAUUAAAAUCAAAGAGCAAACUCUCGACAACCACGGACGCAAGUGUGGGGCGGAAGGCGUUUUUGCACAAGCGCGAUGGACAACGUGGCAGGGAAGUUGUAGAGAGUAUUCAGCUGAAGCGACACCGUGGCAUUAAUAUCCAAGGAGAGGAUGAUGAGUCGGAGAGGAGCCACAGGGGCACGAGCGCCAAGGAGGGUGCGGAUGACACCUGGUCUAUUAGCGAAGAAGGUAGCAGUAGUGAGGCUGGGGGGAAUGAUGUGAAAAAAGGAGGAGAAAAGGCACCUCUAGUUUCUACGACCAACCCCAUUGGGGGCGGAGAAACCACCAAUGAAGAGUUUGCUGGUAGCCGUCAGCCGAAUACACAUUUUGCUAGUGAGCUUGGCAGUGAUGCAGCUGCCUCGCAGAGGCGGAAGCAUGCAAGCAGUACACGUAUCACUCUUCUGCCUGCGGAUGUCCAACAACCGCGUAGCGGCAAUGGCCUAACUGAGGCUGGAGAGGAGGGAGUGGUCAAGACAGUCCGACAGAAACGGAAAAGGGGAGGUGAGUUAGGAGAAACGAAAAAGGGGGCAGAUGAUGAGGAUGAAAUCAUGCUUCAACAGCAUCAAGACUACCUAAUCGCCCGUGCCUUCGCCCACGAUGAAGUGGACGCGGAAUUUCUUGCAGAAAAAACGGCGCAGGUUGAAACUAUCAUGAAACCGGUGGACAAAAAUGCAACACUGCCUGGUUGGGGUGAGUGGGGCGGUGAAGAUGAGCGUCUCAAUCAACGUCACCAGGCAAAGUUGCAAUCGAUGGAGUUGCAGCGACAAAUUGAGAAGACAACGUUAAUGAAGAGCCGCGCGGACGCUGAUCUUGACCAUGUCAUCAUCAACCACGAUGGGGUGGAACUCGUGCCAGACCGUAUGCUGCUGCACAUGAUUCCUCGCCCAUUCAGUAACCCGACGGAGUUUGCACGGUCUAUGCGGCAUCCGCUUGGCCCGGAGUGGAACUCCGCUGUUGCUUUUAAGGAUGCCAAUCAACCGCGCCUGGAGGUGCGGCAGGGGCAUGCAGUGCUGCCACUUGAUCUCUCCCUACGUGGCAAAAAGAAAAUGGCAAAGACCAAGAGGCGCAAAAUUUCAACCACCGCAGCUGUGUAG